AUAAAUUAUACAGACUUUAACUCUAUAUCAAGUACAUUUGUAAGAGAAACAUAUAUAUUUUACUAUUUAUUUAACCAUAACUUUACAAUGAAGAAAAAGCGCCUAAGCAAAAAGAUUUUGGGGCAUGAUAAUAUUAAAAAAAUAACCGAAAAAAUAAACCCUUCCGUAAGAAAUAUCGGUUUGGCGGUACCAACUAUCGGUUAUCAACCCGUAGAAGAAUUCGUUCGUUCAACAAUCACCGAUGGGGAACAAACAAAAAUCCAACUUUUACGAAUGAAAUCCCAAUAUAAGAUUACUGAUUUGGCGCAAGAAAGUAGAGAGCAAGUUAUCGACUACCAAGAACCAGAAAACAAAAGCCAAACUGAACUCAUAUACUCAACAUUUUCUUAUAUAUCAUUGCUGAGAAAGUUAGAGCUUCUUAAGAAAAAGCCUUCACCACUAAAAUCUCAUUCGUCUACGUUUCUUCAGUACUUAUUUCCAUUGCCAGACACAAGUAAUAUGCCCAAACUUGAAGAUAAUCAAAGCUCUACUGAAUCGACCGCUGAGCAGUUAACGGAUAUUAAUAGUACUGAUGAAAAAAACGAAGCACUCGGGGAACUUAUGAAACCAGACGAUAAUGCGGUCUCAACAGAAAUUACUUCAGAGACGACUGAAGACGAUGAACUGUUGACCUGUCCGAGCAAUUAUUUAGAAACUGAAACGAAAAAAGAACUAAAUUAUGAAGAUAUUCAUAAUAUAAGACUGGAGAACAGAGAAGAUACUGACGAAGACGAACCAAAUAAGACAUUGCCGCACAUACAGCAUUCAAUGAAUAAGCAGUUAGCGUUUGACACGGAAGCAUUUCUCAGUGCACUUAUUGCUGACGCUGUAAACAAAUGCAAAUAUAAUGAUCCGAAUACGUUUCUUCAGCAUAGGCUCGAUAAGCCGCUAUUACUAAAUGAACUAAUAGAAAAGCUCAGGGAAUUAGAAAUUGAGCGAAAGAAGCGCAUGUAUCUAAUCAAAGGUGUAGGCAUGUUUUGCAACAGCAAAGGUCAACAUCGGGUUUUAGCUGAAGACGAUCCGCAUAAUAUUGAGGCACUGAAGCAAAACUACCAAGAGGCUUUAAUGAAACUCGAUCGAACUUUAGGUAAAGAAGAAACCCUUAAAACAAAAGUGCAAGUGAAAAAAGCGGAGCUUGAGCGCAAGCUUUCAAUGCUGCAGGGUAAAGACGAUACAAAAUUGCUGGAGUUGGAAGGACUCGUUGAAGAAACCUUUGGCGACAAAACUGAACACUUAAAAAUGAUUGUUAAGACCGAACUAAAUACAAUGAGAAAAGUACGCGAUGAAGUAUCGGCACGACGUUGCGAGUUGAUCCGAAAGCAGCAUACGCAUUUCGUACUUAAGGAGAAAGUAGAUAAGUUCAGAGAUCUGAGCGACAGCGUGACAUUUUCUGAUUAUGAGCUAAUGUAUGGUACGGUUCUGGAGUUGGAAAAGAAAUUGAGAGAACGCAAUGCUCGAUGCGACAGAAUGCGAUCGCGAUUCCAUAAGGCUAUACAAAAACAGCGACUCUACAUGGAGCAGAAGAUUUCACUUCAAGCGAAAGUUAGUAUCCAAAAAACCAUACUCCAGCAGUUGCAGCUGGAAUUUUAUACUACUCGGGAAAUAGUAUCUAAACUAAAGAAAGAACGAACGCGCAUCAAAAAUCAAAUUUCAAAAAUACAUCUCGAAUGUAGCUUAUUCGAUAAGCCGGCCCUACUAAAGGACUACGAAGCGACCUUAGAGAAAAUAUCCAAAGCCAGUAUAGAUGUAAAGGAUUUGCGUCAGCGGCAUGAUGAUAUUAUAUGUAAAAUAGCCCAACUUGAGCGUAAACGCUUAUUAAAUUUUUGAUAUUUUUUCAU